UAUCUCUUACAAGUGAUGCCUCUGCUGUCAGAUUAGUGGGAACUCAGCUGGUGCUUGGAAUUGCAAAGCUUGUUAUUAGUGAAGACAGCUUUAGUGUUGCCAGAGUGUUUGGGAGAGCUUUUUCUUUUUUAGUCCGGCCUGCUUGUACUGCCCUGACAAUGGUAUCUCGGGGUCCUUUUUAUCAGCGCCCACUACCCGCAAUCCUUCUGAGAUUUCUCUGCCUUCUUCCAACAGGACUGCCGGUUAGAAGCGUGGACUUUUCCAGGGGGACGGACAACAUCACCAUCAGGCAGGGAAACACGGCUAUCCUCAGGUGCUAUGUUGAUGAUAGGAUCUCAAAGGUUGCCUGGCUGAACCGAUCCAAUAUUAUUUUUGCUGGAAAUGACAAAUGGUCCUUGGACCCUCGAGUUACUCUGUUGACCAGCGCACACUUAGAGUAUAGCCUUCAGAUUCAGCAAGUGGAUGUAACCGAUGAAGGUCCUUACACAUGCUCAGUGCAGACCCAGCACCAACCCAAGACCUAUCAAGUGCAUCUGAUAGUGCAAGUUCCACCAAAGAUCUACAACAUCUCUUCUAAUAUCACCGUCAAUGAAGGCAGCAAUGUCACUCUUGUGUGCUUAGCUAAUGGAAGACCAGAACCUGUCAUAAAUUGGAGACACAUUUCCCCUUCAGCCAAGGAAAUUGAAGAGGAAGAGGAAUAUCUGGAAAUCUUUAUGAUCAGCAGGUACCAAGCAGGCGCUUACCAAUGCAGAGCUGCCAAUGAAGUUGCUUCUCCCGAUGAGAAACAAGUCCACAUCACUGUCAAUUAUGCUCCUGCUAUUAAAUAUGCCCAAAGUGCAGAUGUUGCGGUGGGCCGUACUGGGAUGCUUCACUGCGAGGUUUCUGCUGUUCCACCAGCAGAUUUUGAGUGGUACAAGGAAGACAAGCGGAUAUAUAACAGCUCGCAAGGCAUCCAGAUCCAGAAUAUGGAGAGUCGAUCCAGUCUCAUUGUCACCAAUGCAACGGAGGAUCACUAUGGCAACUAUACAUGUGUGGCAGGCAACAAGCUGGGAGUUACCAAUGCAAGCAUAUUUCUAUACAAUGGUGAUGAAAGGGCAUACAGGAGCGAGAUACACCAGUUAGUUGAAUGGUGUCACAGCAACAACCUUGCACUCAACAUCAGCAAGACCAAAGGGCUGAUUGUGGACUUCGGAAAGGAACAAAUAGAAACCACUGUUCACUCAAAACAAAGAGGACCAGGUUCCAUGCGAGACUCAGGCACUGGAUUAGCAGGAGUGACCAUAUCACUGUGGCUGCUAGCAGCAACUCUAGUUUGUCUAAUUUACAAAUGUUAAUAAUAUGAAACUGAUCACAACAAAGAAAGAGGAGAUUAUUUGUAUUUCAACUUGGUGCAUGACACCGCACAAAAAAAGUAUUGCUAGAGAAGCUUUUAGAAUAGAAAAAGGUCAAGGGUGUAUUAGAUACAAAAUGAUCGACAUUUGCUCAUGAGUUUCAAAUAUUGUGUAAAAAAAAAUACUCCUCUGCCAUUUUUGCUAAUGUUUACAUUCACACAGAUCUAACCCUUUGUUUUGGGUCUGAAUGAUGACAUAUAAUUAGUGCAAAACAUAACACUAUAUUUGUUGGUGCCCAGUGACACAUUCACUAUAUUAAGAUGAUAUUUUGCUGGAGUAAUAUUGAGGGUGAUGUAUGAAGCAAGUUUAUCAUUAAAUGUACUUAUAUUAAUGAAUCACCCGCAAUAUUUAAGCUCAGGCACCGAUGUGCAACGGUCUGGUUUAAAGUGUAAAUUCUUGAUGAAGUAAACCAAUUUGCUCUAAAAUAAAGAAUACAAUUUCGAUGCCACCCUCUUCUUCAAUAAUGUGAUUAAAGUAGUUUUUGUUGAAAUUGCAAAAGCUUGUGGAAUAUUUUCAAAGUAUUUGUUGAAGUAAAAAUGUCAUCAACAGUCUGCACCAUCUAACAUGCGUAAACAAAAACAGUCAUAUACUUACCAGAUUAAAUAAAUAUGCCUCUGUCACCCACUAGAGACUAAACUGUUUAAAAAAAUGCUUUUAAAUUCUCUAGGUUUUUUGGGGGGGGGGGAAUAGCCAUUUGACCAUGGAUUUUCAACCAGCGAUAGCAACCAAGAAAAUAUUAAAGAGAUUCAUUUAGUUUAUUGCAACUCCGACUGAUUUAUCCCAUUGCAGUUCGAGAAGAUAAAGCAAUUUGCAAGUUAUAUGUCAUAACUUGCAAGGUUAGGAAAUGAUCUGCCUGACUAAUUUUAAAACUCAUGAUGUCAUGAUACCGAUGACACCAAUUAGGGUGUUUGUUUUUAAAUGCACAGUGCUAAAUGAAUUGCAAUUUCAAUUUAUUUAUUAAGAAUGUAAAAAUAUAAAAACCUUGCCCUUGUAAAAAAAAACUUGGACUAUUUUUAAAACCACAAUGUCUGUUUUUGCUUAAAUAUCUGAACAUGAUCGGAAGAAAAUCAAAGUGUUCAUGUCCUUCAAAAGAGUCCUGCAAGAAGACCGUAGGGUUUGAUGAUAGAAUGUAAAGUAGUGAGAUUAAAUCAAAUCUGUAUGAGUAUUAUAUGGGCUUUGGUCUGAACUUUGUGAACAGAGGAAAUGAAGUAUCAUUGGUCAUAAACCUCUGCUCGUUAAGCUUUAGGCGUAACACAUUAAUUUUAAGUAUCAUACGCAGGAACCAAUAGCUCUGAACUAACACACAAGACUUUCUAAUAAUCACUGCAGCCCCAGAGCAUGCAUGUCACUCCAAACUUAUUAACAUGUGGCAUGUUCUUGGAAUGAGUCCACAGGGCAUCAGUUCAACAGGUCAUAAUAAUUGCUUAUCUUUCAAGAGAUAUAAAGCAAAAUUGCAUUUCAGAUGCUAAAGGUGUUUGUUUUUAAUUUAUGUUAGUGUAUAUUCGAGAUGGGUGCCCUUGUGGAGAGAUACUUAUAUUGCUAGCUUUCAACCAUGCUAGUUUUCCUUGUGACAGUUAGUUGCUCUGUACAUACAUAAGAAAUUACUUGGGAGCAGUGGUAGCGUUUUGUCCCAUUUUAUUAAGAACUAAUACACUUUUCAGUUCAUAAUGGUCCUAUAACAUGUUGUGGUGCACUGUAACUUUUUUGAAUUUCUCUAUAUAAUCAAUAUUUAGCAUUGCAGUUCUAGAGAUGGAUGUUGGUAAAAGGUGAAAGAAUAUAGACUUUUCAUUUCUAGUGCAAAAGUAAUUCUUUGCGGUGUUCAACAAUAGGAAGAGAUUUUACUGGAAUACUAAAAGAGUUUGAAAGAGACUAGUUUAACCUUUUUAAAUAAGAUUAAUAUAAUAUACAAAUGGUAAUCUCAAAAUUCUGUAUGAACAAGUUUGGCAUUACUCCGGUGAUUUAUUGACUGAAUGUAAAUCUGAAUGAAGGAGCAAUCCAAAUGGGAGUUACAGUCUCCAACAUGCAACAGUGAGUAUAUUCCUCAACUAGUUCAAUUUGUGAUCAUGAAGUUGAUUUAUAAUCACAACGAGAAUGUGCAAAAAGAAUUUAAAACCUUUUUUCUGUAAAGUUUGCCCAAAAAACUGGAUGCAAAUAGCUUAUGACUUAACUGUAAAAAGACAAAAAAAAAUUAAAAUGGUGUGUAGCUCUAAUUUGAAUUCUAUAGUUUGAUUUAAUUCCAACGUGGUUCAUGUUUUUAAUGCUGUGAUAGGUUAAGUCUAAUAUUUUUCAAGUUUCUUGGUUUAACAGUUGGUACAGGAUAUGGUUUUGUACAGCUUUCAUUGAAGAUGGGAUUGGCAUAGAUACUUCACAGAAGCAACUUUACCACAGCCUUCUUUUUUAAAACACUUAAAAAAUUAUUUUCCUUAUUGUCACCUUGGAUACCAGUUGAUACAGCUAUCCUCUUCCUUAUAUGAGGGCUCUACACUAAAACGUCUAGUUUCCCCUCAUACCAUUGCCUAAUGAGUGUGUGACGCGAAAUCUGCCAAAUUCUUCUAUCGUCCUUCAUGAUUGAAAUGUCUCAUUCCCUUCUGUUAGAUGUAUUUUCCAAGAAAAGGAAUGGGAUCCCUUGGCUAUGUAUGUAUAAUGACUCUAUGGUUACUCAGUUGCACAACUGUUUGAAGCUACCACACAUUUUCCAACAUUACCACAACUUCAUGUUAAGUGAGUAUCUCCACUGUGCAUACUGUUGCAGCACAACACCAUGAAGCAACGUAGAUUAAAGUAAAGCUAUCUAUUGCUGAAGGAAGCAGUACCAAAACUAAAAAUGCUGAUGUUUCCAAAGAUGCUCAUAAUAAAUUGUCUGCCUGUUUUAUGGAAAGUCUGAAUUUUUUUGGAUGUUGUUUAGAAAGGUUGCUAAUUCACUACACUCUUCAUUCUCUGUAAUAGUUUCUGAAAGCAUAAUAUAUUAGUGGAUAUCUUUUAUUUAUUGUUUAAUCUUUAACAACAGAUAUGCAGCAACAUCCUUUUGGUAUCAGCUUAAUGUCUAAAAAUGGCAAGCACUCCAACAUUAAAGCAGAAUCUUAAACAAAACAAAAUAGAUUUAAUUGUGUUAAAAUAGAUUUAUAACAAUUAUUGGUGCUCUACUUAAUUCCAUUCACAUAUUCUUCAGUAGAAAAUGUUCUUAUUUAAACUAUGUGAGGUAAAGUUCGUAACUUUUAUGUUUCAAUUUUAAUCAUCUUAAAAUGAAUAUUUACAGCAUUUUAGGGGUCACUAUAUCUGUUCAGAUGUUGCAGACAUGCAACAUACAAAAUCAAAAGCUGAGGGACUUGUUUAUUUACCACUGCUUUGAAUUGAGGGGAAAGGCCAAUCAUCACUCAUUAUUUCAACAUGUGUUGCCUCCAUAUAAACUAGGGAAGUAUUUUUUACCAGGCAUGAUGAAUUCCAAAAUAAAUGAGUCUGCAAGAUAUUAAUGGGAAGUAAUCUUAGUCGAUCAUCUACUGAAGUAUUCAGAAAAUAUUUAAAUCCAAAGCAUAACACGUUAGUAAAACAAAACAAUAGUUUCCAUUUUCUUUCUAUUGCUGUGAGCAAAACGUUAAUAUAAAGUUAAAGAAUUAACUAAUUUGCUAACUUUUUUUUAAUUCCUUGUUUUAGAAAGUUCAUCAGAAUGAAUAACUUGUUUUUUUAAUUAAGUUGUGGUAAUGUUGUUUCUGGUGGUCAGCAAUCCCAUGAAGCUCUGCUUGAACUGUGGAGUCUCUGUAUUUUGUGAUUGAAAGAUUGUAUUGUAAAUAUUUCUGUGCAACAAGGAAUAAGCAGGCCUGUAAAAUGCAGAAAGCUGUUUGAAGCAUGCCAUGGCUGAUUGAAUCCUGCUAAUGUCACAUGUUGAGGAAUUUCAGUAAGGCUGGCAGGGAUGGGUCAUUUCUCAAAUGUAAGUAUUAUCUAUUUCAAUAAAACUACAAUGAUUAUCUGACUCCUUUACACUUGACGAUUACGUCCUAAACAACUAAUGAAAUUGAACUGUGGUCCAAUCAAGUUCUGUAUCAUGUAGGACACAGUCACUUUGCCAAAGACAGCUGCGAUAAGAUUAUCUAUUCUUUAAAAUUAUAAGAAAGGAUCUGACCUUUUAAUAUCAACAAAUUAAACAUGAGGCAGUAGUGCUUAACACUGAAUUUUAGGACACAAUUUACAGGAAUAGGUUGUCCUGGUCAAUGGGAAAUUUUAGGGCAGGAGUAAUAUAACCAGCAGCACAAAUUAUGACUGAUAUUUUAAAUUUGGGGUCACCUGCAAUUUAAAAGAUUGACAGCGAAAACCUCCUUUGAUCUCAAUGCAGUACUAGGAAUGCCUUAGGAGGUGUUCAGUAACUUGGUGCAGAUGAUCAUCAUUGCUAACAAGACCCAGGUAGUGAUGUCGUAUUUAGCUGAUUAUGCCACUGGUUACAUUAGUAUCAGUGUCAAUUGUGUUGCCCAUUGCUUUAAUGACCAUCACAUAUUGAAGAAAUAAAGAAACAUUUGUACUAGGUAUACAAAUACUGCUUUAUAAAGAUAGUUAUGAACUACCUGAGCAUUUGCAUAUUGCUAUAUGUUAUUAGGAAAUGGUAUCAUAAAUAGUUAUUUCACAUAGUAAUAUUGUAAAGGUUAGUUCCAAUUUUCUUACCUCCAAUUACCAAAUACCUUGCAUUGUUUCACAUACAUAUCUCUUGCACAUUGUUUCCACCUGGGCACUUUGUCUCUACUAUUAAUGCUUCAAAUCUGGAGAGCCAAAUCAUAAUACAACAGUGAAUUGAGGGACAACAAAAGAUGAUGAAUGUUUUAUAGAUGAGUACAAAGGACAGUCAGGUUCACAGAUACGAAUAAUUGAAUAUAGAAAAUUACCAUUCAUCUCUGUAGUAGUCAUAGCUUCUGCUCCACCUACCCCACCCCACUCCUACUGCACCUUGCAGAGCUGCUAUGUACAUGUCUAAGUUCACGUAAAGCAUAUUUGCUUAUAUGAAGUUUAAAUACAAAUAGAAUUAUGUUUUAUUUACUGGUAAUUUUAAGCCACUAAAUUAACUACAGCUAAUAACAAUUGAACUAGUUGUAGAAGUGGGUAACACAGCUCCUUCACUCAGUUCUGUCACUGUAAAUUGAUUGUGGCCAUUUUGACCACUAGUCCCAUUUUUAACUUUCCUGCCUAAUCCCCAUAAUCCUUAAAACACCCUUAAUGCAAUAUAUAUGAUUCGACGUUCAUAACUCUGAGGAAGAAUAUUCCAAAGAUUUGCAGCUUUCUAUAAGUAAUUAUUCAUCUCAGACUUAAAUGGGCAUUCCUGCAUCAGGAAAUUUUGACUUCCAGGUAUAAAAUCUCCUAACAAUAUAAACAUCCUGGCAUUAUCUGGGAAAUACUUUCAACAUCAUUUGUCUUAAUAUGAUCUCAGAUUCAGUUAAUUUCAAGGAAACCAAUCAUUUGCUGAGGCAAACUCGUCAACCCAGUGAAAUUUCUCUGUACUGCUUCUUAGACAAUUACAGCCUUACUUAAAUUAGGAGGUCAAAACUACACACCACCAUAAUGUGACUCCAAUUUGACAACUGAUUCUAAUAUGAUAAUCUCCAAUAUGAAAGAGUGGUUCAAGCAGUUUCUUGUAAAAUAUUCUCAUUUUAUUUACUUUCAUCUUUUUUUAUUCUCUUGCCAAUGUUCAGUAUUAAUUUGAUUUGUAAGAAUCUUUCAAAAUUUUCCCUGAUUUAGAAAAGUGCAGAUGUUUAAAAUGUGCUUUAUUUGUUGAAAUAGUAUAUCUAGAAGUCAGAGUACUUUUCAUCAGAUGCAAGGUGAAGAUAAUUCUUUUCUCCAUUGCUGUCAGCCAAUUGCAAUGCAAGGACAAUUAAAUAUAAUUAGAGUAUAAGAAUGAUGAAUUAUGUGCAGAAACCUAAAGGAUCUCUAGACUUCAAACAUAUAGCAUUCUGCACAAAUGCGCUGCCUUUAUAUUCUUGCCAUUUUACUUUUUUUCUGAAUAACUAGAUACUGCAGUAGAUGAAUAAUCAUGCUAUUCGGUGAUAAGUGAACAGCUCCUUUGGAAUAGUAUUACAAGUUCAGAGUAUCUCUCUUGUGGAGAUAUUAUGGGAUUUACCCAAUUACUCAUGUGAUUUAGAACUAACAAAUUAAAUCAAAAUUUCAUAGAUGAAACCUGUUAUAAAGCUAUUUUUCUCCCUUUAUAUUGAUGCCAACCAAUACACUUUAGGGAUAACUUACCAAUAAUGAAACACAUAUGAAUGUAUUGCAUUAAUUCUAAUUGACAUGAAUCACAAAGUUAAAAAUGUGAUUUAUUAUAGAGGGUGCAGUGCUAUAGUUCAGCAAGAAAGCAACUUCACAAAUGCAAAUACUUUUUUGUCUGCAUUGACUUUAUCUACCAUGGACAUAAAAUGGGAACAAGAAGUUCUGAAUAGAAGUUUUACUCACUGGCAUCAUUAGUUAUUAAAUCAUGUUAGUUAUUUUACAAUUCUGACAGUAAAACUGCACCUGGUUAUUAUAUGUGCAUGACUGAGAAAGACUAUUGCAUCGUUAUUGGUAUAUCUUGAUGGAAAUGUCUGUAUUUAGUGCAUAAAGCAGACUUGAGGAAGUGGUGCAUAUCCUCCCAUGCACUGUUGCCUCAAUGAGCAUUUGUUACAAGGUAUAAGUUAUAACUUUGGGUGUACAACAUGUUUGAGAGGAACAGUGUGCUGAUGCACUGAUAGGCUGCAAGCCUGAAAGAGACCUCAAAAUUUGUCUUUUAAAUUGAGCCAUAAGAAUGAGUUUUUGAAUUGCAGAACUUUAAACAAGAGCCCUUUAAUGCUUCUUUCAAAAGGCUAGGUGUAACAAAUAAACACCACCAAUAUCUGCAUUCUGUUGGAACAUAGUGCAUAGUAUCUGCAUUUAGAUUAGUAAUUAAGAUGAUGUGGCACAGUGUUUAAAUUUUGUAAACUGAAUCUAUGUCACUCAUUUUUGAGGAGAAAAUAUUUGCAUAAAUGUCUCAAGUUAUACAAAACUCAAGAUGAAACCAUUCAGGAGGGUAAUGAACAUGGUUCACAUUCGCCACUGGUGAUGAUAAUAUACCCCGUGGAAAAAGGCCUUACAUUCGCUGUUUUGUGCCUUACAUUUUUACCAUUUUUGCAUUUUUAAAAACCAUAGAUAUAAAAAAAAGCUAGUGUAUCACUUACAACCCAAAUUCACUUCAAACAGCAUUUAUCUCUGAAGUUGUAAUUCACAUUAAACUGGAAUAAGUGGAUUAAAUAUAUUUAAACUGUGAAUGAACCCAAACAAUUUACUCUAUGUAAUCUAAAUCUCUGUUUAAAUAAUGCAGAUCUGGCUAAGAGCUCACUUUAAAUAAUAUGGAUUGACUUGAUCCGAAUGACAAUCUAUCCACGUUGUUUCCUUCACUACAAUAUCUCCCCAAUUAUUCCCACUGAAUUAUCCAAAGGUAUUCAGAAAGCUGCAGAACCAAAGCCUCAGUACUGCCUCAGUCCUAUUCUGAAUGCCAAGGAAUAUAUCUGAAGAGCCCCAAUGCCAGUUAACAGUGGACUAACACAACAGAACACAUACAUAUACGAUCCCUCUGCAUCCCGAAUGAAACACAUACAACAAUCAUGCCUUCUAAUUUGGUUUUGCCAGUUUUGUAUAGCACAAACAACCUUUUUGUAUCCUUAUAUUUUAAAAAAAAUCAAGAAGUCAGUCGAAUAGACAUCUACGACAUUGUCAGGACAGUUUAGGCCCAUAAACAUCUUCUAAAAUGGUUCCCAGUGAACCAUACACCAUUUAAAUAUUUCCAACAAUUUUCUGUGUGUACCAACUUUAAAGGUACAUCUGGGCUGUCAAACUACAGGCGUGUGGAGGACUAAGGCUUCAGGCAGAGGAAGACAGCUCCCAGAGAGAAAGAGACUUGACAUUGGCAUCAGUCAGAUAAAUGCCAGAAGGGAUGUCCUGCAUGCCCAGAGGGGCCAAAAUACCCAUUAUGGACACCAACAGAACAAACUGGAAGGAACUGGCUCCACCUGUCUUCUUCAAAUGAGAAAAUCCUAAAUUAUUCACAAAUAAUUUCACAUAAUUAAGCAGUAUGUCAGGAUGAGGUGCUCAGCACCAAAAACAAUUGUAGUGAGCCAUUCCGAAGAUCGCAGAAGUGUUAUAAUCAGUAGAUUUUCCUGCAAAGGGGCAGCAAGGGAUUGUUUUGUUCUUUCUUCAAUGAUUAUCAGUAAAUAAUGUUUAGAAAUAAGGCUCAGAAUAUGAAGACAAUCACUGUGUCUGGAUUGGGGAACAAUGUUUUUUGCAGCUUCAAUGUGAGAGUUGGUUCUUCUAUCAGGGAGUCACUUCUGGCCUGUGUGAUCAAUCUCUUUCUCCCAGGCCCUACUGGGAGGAGAGCCUGUUGUUGUUCUACCGGCCUUUCUGAUAAGGUUCUUUGUCCUCUUACUCCCAUUCAGCCCGUGGCUCAUGUAGGUCAACUCCAGAUCCACACGUUGCUCUUCCCCGGUUCCAACUGCCAUCCUCAGAUUGCUAGGUUGUGCUUCCAGUUUCCACAGAGUAUCUCAGUUCUAUAUUCUGGGGUAAUCACUCCUUGUUAGUUCAAGCACACUCCAUGGACUUUGGGAAAUGUCUGAACAACCUGAAAUCAUUUCUGAAUUUGUCCAUCAAAUUUCCCAGAUGCAGCAAGGUGUCCCUUUAAAUGACAGAAGAAGAAACCAAGUAAUAUGUUCCUAGAAAAAAAAAGACUGUCUUUGUUGCAUCUUAAAACUCCAAAUUAUGGUGAUAAUAGUGGAGAUGUGUUUUGACCAAAUAGUGGUGUAAUUAAUGCACAUCUGACACCAUGCAAGUGUCACACACCCAAUUGUGAAUAGUACACAGAAGUACCCAAACUAAUCGAACAAUGAAUGCUAUUUCACGAUAUCCAAAUUUAUCAAAUGUCACUAUCUCAAUCUACUUUUAGGCUGGAUUUUCACAUUAAAAAAAGACAGAUGCUAUUCAUUCCAGUUUCAAGGAAUAAGCAUCUAAUGCAGCCAAAGCAAUGCCCAGUGCCCCAAAAGUAAUCCCUGAAAUACAGUACACAGCAUCAGGGAGAACAAUUUAACAGAAUGUAUUUAAUUUUAUAUUUAUGGGCUUUUGUUUUAUCCCAAUUUGAAAAGUAAUUGUUCAUAGUUUUGUUUUAUUUACCUGCCGAUGAAAUGAAAGAAUAGUAAGUGGAGAAACUACUUUUUAGUAGAAUUAUGUUUAGAUCACUUUUAACAAAAAUGGUUUACUCCACUUUGUGAAAAUGAAAUAGAAGACAUAUCCAGUCUUGAAAUUAUUCCACUGGGAAUCAAUACAUUUUGUUAAUGGGCCAUAUUUUCCAUUACUGAAAAAUAGGGCUAAACUAAUGCAUAGCCACAUUAGUCCACUGUGCUCUCUGAAAGCUGUUUCAUUGGUUUUCAGGACAUCCUCUUUCAGAGGCUCCUUACUAUAUGAUGGCUACAAAAAAAGGUAAAUAUAAACCCAAUAAUUGUCUGUCCUUUUUCAACUCCUUCAUAAUUGUUCCCAACCACUUGCUAUGUAUUUAAAACAAAUUGAAAUUGGUAAGAUUAUGAUUUGAAGCUGUAAAUAAUUUUGUUAUAAUGUAAAGAAUCUGGAGUCAAAAGGGUAAAGUUGUUGAAUGUUCUAUAAUAGUCCAGUUGAAGUAUCAUGCAGCCAAAGCUAAUCUAAUAACUAAAGAGUUUCAACCUAACACAAGCCUAUCAUUGCAAUAUAUUGAUAUGUGUCAAUGUGCCAUUCUAAUUGAUCCUGUCUUUACCCUUUACCAACUUGGUCAACACAUUCCUAUAGCAGUAACAUUUAAAACAAACACACCUCCAUUUAACACACAGUUAUGUGCGUAAAUACACACUAGCUGAAGUAAACUCUGGGUACAGGUUCUAGUUCAUGAUGUGCUUAGUUUUUAAUUCUGAACAAUGAGAAAAACAAGCUCAUAGAUGUUUUACCCAAUUCCUGCCAAACUUACUCCUUGCUCUAUGUUGCUGUAACCCACUCUGUACUGCUACACCACUUGUAAAAUUGUGUUGAUGAAUCCAAUGUAUAUUUUGUGUGUGAUUACAAACAUAUUCCAGUGAGUGGAUUUUUCUACUUUUACUGCUCUCCACUAGCUUGUGUUGCUUUGGAUUUGCUAACAUGAAUAAAAACCUGU